AUGUACGAGCUAGUGACUGGAGUUGCAGUGUUUGAUGGCCUCCCAACUACUGUGAAACUGGAGGACAGUGAGGGGCCAGGCACGCUUGUGGCCAACGUCACUGUCAACUGUACAUCCUCCAGUGCAUUCAGUGCAUCUCUGAAGAACAUCAGCCCCACGACUUCUUUUUUCAAUCCUGUAAACUACUUAACUACUGAUGCCACGGAUGUGCGCCUUAGUCCCAGUGCUUUCCUGGAUGCCCGACAGGUGUCUCAGUACACCUUGACACUCAGUGCACAGUGUAUGCCAACAGAACCUGCCACUGAAGCAAAGCUCUCUAUUGAGCUCACCAGGACGGACAGAUUAAACUGCAGCAGCUCAUUUUCUGGCACAGGGGACGUGGUCCAAGUCUCAGAAGAUGUUGCUCCUGGAACAGUCAUUUACAGCACCGUUGUGAAGAAGCCAGGCAUCAGCACCUUGACUUUUUCUAUUGAGGAUGCCUCUAUGCUUUUCAAUAUAACCACAGAAGGAAGAGUGAUGGCACCUGCCACAGGUUUCACUCGUGAGCAAGCUGGCAAGACAUUCUCAAUGAAGAUUGUGGUAAAAGGCAGUGAUGGAACCAUCUGCCACAGACCUUUGUCAGUAAGGGUAAUGCCAGUUUACCAUAACAAAGUCAAUUUCACGGAGUCAUCAGUAGCAGUAUCUGUGUUGGAAAACCAAGGCCCCCUCCAGGACAUAACAACAGUCCAUGCUAGUGGGGAGAAUGUGAUUUACCAGAUCAUCUCCCCAGUCACAGAUUAUUUCACCAUUGACCCAGAGAAUGGUGUGAUAAAGAACACGUACAACUUGGAUCUGCAACGCAGUUCAGGUUUGGCCCAAACCCAAUUGCUGGUGAAAGCCUACAACAUGCUACAUCCCAGUGAUAGUGCCACCAUCACAGUCAACAUUACUGUACAACAGAAGAACUUGCAAGGACCUGUGUGCACUCCUGCUAUAUUAGUAGCUGAAAUUCCAGAGAACACCCCAGUUGGUUGGACCCUGUCUCCUUGGAAUGUGCCUACUUGUUGGGAUGCAGAGAGUGGCAACAAUACCCUUCAUUACCAAAUGGAGGAUGGCCAGAACCCUCCGUAUAGUUUCCGAAUAAAGGAUAAGUUGCUUCAGCUGAACACUACUUUGGAUUGUGACUCUGAGGUUAUGGCCAGUCGUAACUUCCAGUACCAAGCUGCCAUUCUGGUGACAGACAAUGGAAGCCCCCAACAGACCACCAGAGUGCCUGUGCUGGUGACAGCGGGCAGAGUGAAUGAGUUCGCCCCACAGUGUUCACAACGGACCUUUACCAUACCAGAGAAUGCUGCCUUUGGAGCCCUUGUUGGCAAUGUCAAUGGGACUGACCGAGACUAUCCCUUCAACAACAUUGAAUACAGCAUCCUGGGGGCUCCCACUGCAUUCUACAUUGGCCGUCGCACAGGGGAGCUGCAAGUACUACAACAACUGGACUAUGAAAAGGAAAAGUCAUACAGGCUGACCAUCCUUCUGCAUGACCUGGAUAAUGGUGCUGGAUCCCGGAAGUCAACACUGUGUAACAUCACCAUUAAUGUGCAGGAUGUGAAUGAUUGGCCCCCUGUGUGUAAACCACCCUUUCAGCUGCAUAGCAUAUGUUCCACAGUGGCCAGAACCGAGAGUGUUACACAACUGCAAUGCGAGGAUAAAGAUGAACGAAGUGAACUGAGCUACAACAUCAUUGGUGGUAAUACAAAUGGGCGUUUUCGCAUGGUGGGGAGUAGUCUCUUCCCCAACACCUUCUCCUACAACCCCGAUGGUAUUUUGGACCCUCCCAUCUUUGAGCUUCUGGUGAAAGUGACGGAUAGCCGUAGUGAACCUCAGUUCAGCACCACAGCCAUUGUUGUUGUCCAUGUGGUCCAGUGUCCUACAACAGCGCCUACCACCACCACCACUACUACUAUGACAGUAUCCAAGAAGCCCAUCAUUUUGCACAGGACAGAGGAGUACUGGGCACCAGACCCCUGGUUCGUGGUAGUCCUUACGGUCACCGGAGCUCUCUUCCUCUCAGCCUUGGGUUUGCUGUUCUGGCAUCUCUGCUGGAGGAAGGCACCAGCUGGAAAGAUAUCUCAGCCCCUCCUGCAGAACCGGGGGAAAGGACUGGAAAGAAACAACAUCAUAACAGAAGAGCCAAACAAGGACAAAGGGAAAGGUUCUGCUACAGUGCUGAGUCUGGAACACCAGUUUGAUGGCCGUGCUCAGGACCCUGUCACAGGUCAAUAUUACCUGUUUGACACCAGCACUGGAGCACGGCGCUGGGUGUGAGCAUGACCUAUUCCAGCUGAAGGACAGGACUGCAGCAUGAUUGAGGAGAGAUGAAGAACAGGCUUUGUGCACAACACCAGUACUGUAACUUAUAUAUGUUAUGGGUCAUAGCACCUGCCUUAUAAGUUAGGAUAGAGAACAAACUUUCUCAUCAGUUGUCGCUAAUUAUUUACAUCCACUUUGUUUAUGUGCUUGGGGAAACCUCUGAUCUGGCCAGGUCUUUUGCUCUAGCCAAAUAUAAUUAUAAAAGUAUAUUUUAUAAGCUUCAAGGACUAAGGUUACAACAUUUGUUUCUUGCCCUGGUCUUGUGCCUUUAACAGCAGCCUAAUGCAGAUGAUGCUUUUCCUACCACUUACCUCCAUGCCUGGAAAAGCUUCCAACCAAUGAGAACAGAAGGCAUCACACGGUGGGCAUGGGCUGGAAAUCAGGGUGCCUCUCAGAUUUAGAGCAUGGUGAGUCAGUGCUUUCAUCAAUGGGUGGUUGCACAUUCUACAGAUGGAAGCAAAGGCUCACUGGGGUUGAUUGAGUGGGAAGAAAGAGCAGAAGCCCUGAAGUUGUAGGCACUGGCUGGGUGUUAGUAAACCUAGCUUAUUCUACAUGCAGCUAUGAAUUAGAAAGCAGAAAGCUUCUGAUGCAGGCUUUGCUGAUGCAUUUCUUCAGCUCCCAUGAUAUGCUGUGAAAUCUUCCUGCUUCUCUCACUGAAAUAUCAUGUGUGCAUUUCUUCCCUUUAGUGUGUUCUAUUUAGAGCUUCAGGUGCAUGGACACACACUUGCUUUUUAAGUCACCUAGAUUUUCUGUGACUGGGAUGCAGAAUCCUUGGUGGUGGUUACUUAGGAAUGCUGAACUAUCAAGAAAAUAAGAAACAGAUUAAUCAGUGCUCUGAACUCCUGUGUUGGACUGGAUGUGCUAAACCAAACAUUCAAAAAUAAAGGGGCAUUGCAGAGUUGUGUGUUUGUUCUGUAGCA